GUCAGUGUCAGAUGUCAGUGUAACGUCACUUUACGCGAUUUCCGUCGAUGGGAUUUCAAUUUUCAUUCAAUUUUCACUUUUUUGUGUACCUAUAAACAUAUUAUUGAUUGAUUUAUAUUUAUAAAUUUUGUAGACUGUAACCAAAACGUAAAUAAGAUUUUCUGCAGUUUCAAACAUAAUUGAUUAUUGAUUAUAAUUUAAAUGCUUGUUUACUCUUGGACUUGGUGGACUUGAAAAAUGUACCAUAUCAAAGAAAAAAUUUACCUCAUAAAAAAUGAAAAUUACGUUCAGUCUAGUAUAAGCUGAGGCUUGUAACUUUUUUCUGGUGAUCGCUAACAACCACUAUAUGCCAUGGAGCCAGAGAAACCGUUCGCCUGCACUAUGCCCGACUGUGGGAUGACCUUUACAAAUGAAGACCAUCUCCAUGUUCAUACAAAGAAACAUGACAUGGUACUGCAGCUAGGGAUGGAACAGAAAGCCGCUUUCGUGGCUGAUCAAACUCCGACCCCAACCAGGUUUAUAAGGAAUUGUGAGGAGGUGGGGCUGUUCCAAGACCUGCAGAAUGUUGCUGUCAACCCUUUUGAUGAGGGCUUCAAGAGAGCCAUGGAGACCAAACAGGGCCUGCUCAACCUGGAAGGCCCAUCGUCCAGUGAGGAUGCACUGCACACUCCGCAUUUGGUGUUUCCACUUGAAUCGGGGGAUUUCCAGCGAAAUAUUACUAUUAGCAGGUAUUUUAGAUCAUCAAGCGACGAAUCUGGGGCUAUCAAAGAAUACGAAACAACUAAAAUAUCUAAACUGACCAAUGAAGUAACCACUAUUAGUCGAAUCGUAGGCAAAGAUGAUGUGUCCAUACUAAAACUUGAAGAAACAACAAAAAACAAAGACAGUUUGAACGAAACGUCUGUGUCUUAUACAAAUAAUGUGAUAAUACACAGCAAUGUAGAAAUUAGACAAGAUAUAAAUAUUGACACAAAGAAAGUAUCAAAUAAUGCAGAUUCAGUGGUAAAAGACACUUUAAGUAUAGAUGAUUUAGUAAAAUUAACUGAUAACAAUAAGAACAAAGCUAUAGUCCCGCCUAUUAUGUCACAAAAAUCAUUAGACUUCGUUGUAGACAGUCUCACAACUGACAGUAUCAUUCAAAAUGAUAAUUUAGCUAAAAAUAUUAAACGGAAUAUUGAUAACAAUGAUAAGUUAAACAGAAAGGAUAUUCCCAAACGUAAUAUUGACACUGAUAGAGUUUCUAAUGAGAUAAAGAAAACAACACUCAAAACAAAUAAUGAAGAGUACGAAGUGAUCAUCAAACUACCGAGCGGUAAACACAUGAAAAUGAAACCGGUAGACGAAAUAGAGAUAGAAAAGCCAGUGAGUGCAAAAGAGAUGUUGAAUAACACAUUAAGGAACAAAAACAGAAUACCUGUACAGAAGCAAUUAAAUAACCAAAUAAUACAGAACAUAGUUCCCAUACCCGGCGGCACUCUGAUACCUGUCACUUUAGUGAAUUCUAAUUUGAUGAACCAAACAUUCCCUAUACUACAAAAUGUGAUACCAAAAAUGCCCAUACAACCGCUACCCGCAAUGGUCAAGAGAAAUUAUAAAACAGUUAAGAGAAAAAAAGUUGAUGUAGAAGUGGAGACGGACAGCAAUAAUGAUAAACAUUCGAAAGCAAAUUUGAGCAGCCGGUGUGAAGCAUCCCGAAGAUAUAGGGUAAGAUUAAAACAGUCGAUGCACGACCAGAGCGAAGAGAACAAGCAGCUGCGCGAACUGAACCAGCGGCUGAUGGACGAGAAGGCGAUGCUGCAGCUCAUCAUCACGCAGCACCUUGUCACCUGCCCCCACGCUGACCAGCUCACGCGUAUGUUACAAGAGAAAUUCCUUAGUGUUCUGCCGACUAAAAAUCCUGAUUAAUACUACUGAUUAAACUUUUCGGUUUCUACACGACAUCGUACCGGUACGUCUUUGGCGGUGGGGUGGUAACUAGCUACGGCUGAAGCCUCCCACCGGCCAGAACUUUACCAAUUAAGAAAACCUCAAUCCGCCCAGACGGGGAUCGAACCCAGGACUUCCGUCUUCCGCGCAUAUCACUGCGCCACGGAGGCCGUCAAAAACCAAGGUUUCGGAAAAUGUGAGAACACAAGAAUGCAGGUGGUGUAAAUUUAAAUAAUAUAUUUAUGUCAUCGUAAAAUUGUAAAUACCUUUAGUUUAUAAUCAACGAGUGUCUCGCGAGAUUGUGAUCUGUCGAUAGAUUGUGAACCGCAACAUACUGCUUACAAUUUAACAUGUUAUUCGGUAGAUUUACAAUAAUAAUUGAUAUUAAUUGAUUAUGACAGUGAAAGACGUAGGAAAAAUAACAAAGAGGUUGAAAUGGAACUGGACAGGACACAUAACAAGAAAAUUAAAUGACGAUUGGAGUAGCAUAACAACAUCGUGGUGCCCAAGGGAGGAAAAAAGAAAAAGAGGCAGACCAAUUAGUAGAUGGAAAGACGAUCUGAUUGCCUUUGAAGGGACAUACUGGACCCGAUCAGCAAUAGAAAGGACACAAUGGAAGAGGAAGGGGGAGGCCUUUGCCCAGCAGUGGGAUGAAAUUUAACUGUAAUAAAUUUAACUGUAAUAAAUAUUAUGUAGUUUAGAUUGUAAAGGCUUAAAUAAAUAAAUAAAAUUGAUUAUGAAACACGGCUAAAACUCACGUGAUACAACGUCGGAGUAUGCCCGACUAAUUUCUAACUCAUACGGGGCCCUUAGUCAUGAGCUGGUUCUUGCAACGCGGCACGAUCCAAACUACGACACGAAAGCGCGUGCGGCCGCUCGCAGCGCGCGUUGGGAAAGUUCACGUGUGUCACGUGAGUUUUAGCCGUGUUUCUCAAUUAAUAUGAAUAACACGCACGAUAGUUUUAAUUCUAAAAUACCUACUUAAGCAUUGGCUUCUGAGCCACUCAAAUUCCAGUUCUUAGGAGUAUGUAUGAAGUUCACAAUCUAUAGACAGUUCACAAUCUCGCGAAUUUAUAAUUUUACGGUGACAUAUACAUUCGAACAAUUACAUGAUACAUAAGCCAUAUUACUUAUAUAUAAAAAAUUAAUAAUAACCAAGAUUUAUAUCAUAAUAUAGAUUAACACUUAGAAGCCAUAGCAGUAUAUAUUGUAAUUUGUACCAUAAUUACAUUAUGAUAUAAGUGCGGUUAGUUGAAAAUUACAGCCGAGGCGAUAUUGCUGACCCGAGCCGUAGGUGAGAGCUACAGUAAGGAAGCAGAGGCUGUAAUUAUCAAAGCGCACGUAUGUCAUACGACGUUUCGUAGCACGUUUGCGAGGAAAACACUUUGAACACACUUUUUGAAUAUGAAUUUGCAUCUAUGUAUGUUUUCCAUAAUAUGAUGACAUUUUGAUACGCUUUUAUCUAUCGGUCGAUUUUUCGGGCGCGAGGCUUAGACCUUACCUUUGGGACUUCUAACGGUGUCGAAUUAUUAAAUUCAUCACUACUUGAUAUUUUAAAAUUGAAACAAUACAGCGAAAAGAAAAAGCGUACGGAAUAAUUUUGAUUUUUUCAUAGAUAGCGAAGCGCACCAGCGUUUUUUUUAGGCAAUUAAAAAAUCAAUAUUUUUGUGUUUCUAUUUAAGAUAAAUGGUUGUCAUUAUGUAAAUUAAAGAAUUAAAAGUUUAUUUAUUAUACUUUAUCUCACAAAGUUAAUUUUAUUCAUAAAAUGUUGAGUACUUUUCUGACAUAAAAACUCUUUGUCAAGAUUUAAAAUAGUACCGUACGUUUUUAGACGGAUGAUAAAGGUUUUAUAUUACGAGUACAUUACGGCACAUGUGCGUAAUGAGAUACAUUACGAUAUUGAAAAAUGUGUUAUAAACAUUAUUACGUAUUUAUGUACGUAUUAUGAGGUAUCGCAAGCCGUCAGUCCAAACUUUCUCUUAAUACCUAACCGUUUUAAUUAGCAAUUAGAUCUAUGUGUAUUGUGCAUUUUGCAGAUAAUGUGGUAGUCAAUUAUAAUCAUACAGAUUAGAAUUAUAACUCAUACAGAUAAAAACGAAUUAAACAAUAAAUUUUAUUCGUGAAUUGUUGGCGCUCUUUAAUUUUUUUAUUAAAAUUAAUUAUUUAUUGAAUUA